CCGAAUCCGAUAGUAGUUCUACGACAGCCGCACUCAGACGACGUUGUCCGAUCGCGUGUACGUCAGUGUGUCGUGUACGAUAAAAAUAUUAAUAAUAAUACCUAUUCGAUAUUUCGUCCGUGUCGUUAUUUUGGACGUCCACGACCACGUUUCGACGGCAAAGUGCGUGCAUGCAGUUGUUAUUGUUUUCGCCAACAUUACACACCGUGUACCGAACCGCCGCAGGUAUUGCGUUUUUUGGUCUUUAAUGAAAAAAACGUCCAAACCGAUCGUGUACUUACGUGCGAGUGUGAGUCAGUACCCGUGAAAUACUCAUUCGGCGCUUUGUCCGACACGAAGUUGUCGCCUAUUUCCGUCGGUACUUAUUGUGAUUAAAGCGCGCGCGUCACAGCGCCCGCGACGACGGCCGUAACACAAUGUUAAUGGACGCCGAAUUGAAAAACUGCUCGGGCUUGCUGGGCAACGCCGGUGGUGGACAUCACGCGGCCGCCGCCCACAUGGGCCACGCUGCGGCCUACGGCAAUCUGAACCAGAUGGGUAUGCUGGCCGGUAUCGGUCCGGCGGGUGUCGUGCUCGGUGGACAGCAGUCUCUGUCGCCGCCGCCACACCACCAACACCAUCAGCAACAGCAACAGCACCAACAGCAGCAACAACAACAACAGCACCACCAUCACAUGCAGUCGGCGCACCACCAACACCAGGGCCACGGUGUUGGCGGCGGACAUUUACAGUUACCGUCACCAAACAACAACAACGGCACGGCCGCCAACAACAAGAAUCAACAGCAAAACGCGGACCGCGUCAAGCGACCCAUGAACGCGUUCAUGGUGUGGUCCCGGGGUCAGCGCCGGAAGAUGGCUCAGGAGAAUCCCAAGAUGCACAAUUCGGAAAUCAGCAAGCGGCUGGGCAGCGAAUGGAAGAUGCUGACGGAAACGGAAAAGCGACCGUUCAUCGACGAAGCCAAGAGGCUGAGGGCCGUGCACAUGAAAGAACACCCCGACUACAAAUACAGGCCUAGGCGCAAGACGAAGACAUUAAUGAAAAAAGAAAAAUACCCAUUGCCGGGUGGAGGCGGUGGACCGUUGUCGCUGGGUGGCGGCUCCGGACCCGGCGGCGUCCAGUCGGACCCACGAAACGCGGCGUCUCAGGCUUCAGCGGCCGUCCAACAGCAAAUGGUCAACAGUGGCCGCGAGCUAUACCAUCAGAUGAACGGUUACAUGCCCAACGGCGGGUUCGGCAUGCACCACCACGAUCCCAACCCGUAUGCGCAGCAGCCGUACGCGUCCGCUCACAUGGCAGCGGCCGCGUCCCAGGCCGCAGCCGCCGGUUAUCGGUAUGACAUGCCGCAGAUGAACAACAAUGCGGCCGCGGCCGCAUCCAUGCACUACCUCAAUGGCAGCUACAACCUGUACUCGGACAUGAACCAGUACCAGCAGCAGCAAGGCCCGCCGUCGACGUCGCAUAGCCCGGACAGCAUAAAAUCCGAGAGGAUCACGCCGCCCGUCCAAACUGGCGGACACUCGCCGAGCCCUAGGCUCUGCCAGCAACAGCAGUCCGGAAACGGGCAACAGCUGCAUCAGCAGCAACAGCUAGGCAGCGGCGAUCUGCUACGCAUGUACAUGCCACUCGAGUCCAGGCUGUCCGCGGCCGGUGGCGGUGGCCACAACCCCUAUCUGACACAAUCUGCAGCCGCCGGGGCCGGUGGCCACCAAGGGCACGGCCAAAACCUCGGACAACACCCUCAUUCCAUGUCGCCCGACCUGCAGAUGAGCCAUCUCAACCAUCACAUGUAAAUCAACGCUCCGCCGUGAACCAUGUGUAAGCCAUAUACAUAUACAUAUUAUAUAAAUACAUAUAUAUAUAUAUACAUAGGUUUUUUUUAUAUAUAUAAUAAUAUUAUAAAUAGAUACGUUUUAAAUGCCGCCUAUGAUAUUAUAAAGCGCGCACGUUUUAAUUUAUUUUGUGUAACCCCCGAAAAUUAAGUUUGAAAAAAAAACAUGUAAAUAAUAAAGUUGAUUGUUUUUUUAUUCUUUUUUUUUUCAUUUCACUCUGUUUCUUUUACUUUUUUUGUACGUAUAUUAGGUAUACUUGCGUUGGUCGUUUUUAUUAAUAGAAAAAUAAACACUAUUGCAAUACCUCUCAAAAACUUGUUCUUAUUAAAACAAAAAAACCCCACAAAAAGAAAAACGCAACAAAUAAUUUCCGAACGAUAACCAAUAACUAUAAUAAUAAUUGUAUAACAAAAAAAAAUAAUAAUGAUAAUAAUAAUAGUAAUAAUAAUUAUUUUAAUUUUAAUUAUUUAACAAAAAUGUUUAAUUAGAAGUAUUUUCCAACGACAAAUUAAUAAAAAAAAAACCGUCGGCAUACGACGGGCCAGCCUUUUAUGUAACUAAAUACUAUAGCUUUGUACAUAAAAGUGCGGUCUCGAAUAUUGUUGUUGUUAUUAUUAUUAUUAUGAUUAUAAUAUAAAUAUAAAAAUUGCUAAACAAUUAUAUAUUUUAUUAACUGUUAUUCUAAAAUCGUACUUACAUACCUAUACUCGAGACGAAAAACGCGACCAUCACACGGUUAACAAUGCACGCGCUUCGAGGUUGUGCCAUAAAAAAAUAAUCUAAUAAUAAAAAAAAUAUUAUCCAAGCGCUCGUACGUGUAUAAUUUGCGUGUAUCGUUUAAACAAAAAACAAUUACUGCAUGUGUAUAAAAAUGACCAAAAAAAAAUUCCAAAUAAUAUUAAUAAUUAUUAUUGUCGGCAAUAUAUUUUUUAUUAUUAUUGUUAUUGUGAAACGUUCGGGCGAUCUGCCCCCCCCUUCCCCCCAUAAAAGCGGUCGACGGGUUUAACGUUGGUUUUUUAUUUGUUAACUCGCUAAUGAGUUACUAAUUAGCGUUUAAUAAACCAAUAAUAAUAAUGAAAAAAAAUUACUUGUGGAAUAGAUGCGGCGGCGGCGGCGGCGGGUUAACCAUAUUCGCCGUUCUGAAAUUGAAUAAUGAAAGCCAGAAAACUGAUUUUCAGUGACCUUAUUUUUGGAAUUUUUUUUCUUUUUUCAAACAAAAUUUCGGUGUUAUUUUUUUUCUCUACGAUAUUAAUAAUAAAUACUAAUACCGAUUAUAUUUUGGGUAAAACGCGGAGAACACGAGGUUCUGUGCGCGGUUGUCCGCAUCGUGUCGACAACCGGUCCGGCCAGGCUUAUCGACACCAAAUCAUCGCCGUUUGAUGGUUGUUUUGGUACCUAAACACAGCCCAAAAAAUGUUCAUCGUCCUUGACAACAAAAAUAGAAUAGUGCACACCGUCGUCGUCGGUGUACAACAAGCACACGGCGGCGGUAAUCGCAAUAACGAUCGGUCAACGGAGUUUCCGGUUGUUGGAUUUGUGGUAAAAUAAAAAAAAAUGUCUACUUAAUAUUUUCGUUAAUUAUCAAAAAAAAAAAAAACGCUAAAAAUUGAAUGAAAAAAUUAAAACACAUACCGUAAACUAGCCGACAAAACAUUGACCCUCGAUUCGAUUAGGUCAACGCUACUUACUUGCGAGACAAACGUGAAGCCGUUUAUUGCAGUAAUUAUUUUAUUAAAUAAUCCAAUAUGAACACAAAGAUGCGGUUUUUAGACCCGUCGACCCGAUCAACCCCGCUAAACUAGCCAGUUCUCUUGCAUUGAAAAAAAAACCCAAAUAUUUUUACCGUUGUUCAGGCGAAUCUGAACAAACGACAAUAUAUUAUUAUUAUAUUACUGUCAGACGUCCAAACGCAUUUUUACCUGCCGGUCCGUCCGCCGAACAAUUACAUAUGAUAUGUUUUAAAUAAUGUAAUGGUAAUAAAAACAAAAUAAUUAUCGUGCCAUGAUAUGAAACAAAACAAACAAUUUUUUUUUUAUAAAUUUGUUUUUUUUUAACUACCUGCGCGUAUUUAAUUUUUACAAAAACGUGAGCGAAACAAAAAAAAAUGUGUAUUUACUUAGAUUAAUAACGUGUAAAUAGUAAAAAUAAUAAUAUCGUUGUUGCGUCUUGAUUAAGUGAUUGAUAAGAAUAAGAGAUUUUUCUAUUGGUAUAAAUUAUUAUUAUUUUACGAACGGCAGACACAAUAAAAAAAAAAAAAAUGCUUUGACAAAAAUUAGUAAUUUUACUGUGAAAAGAAAAACGCUCUUAUUGUAAACUUUUUUUUAUAAUUUUUUUUUUAACCGCCUAAAUGAUUCUCUAUAGCACUGCCGACAGGAAUAGGUGAUAAUAAUUAUUAUCAUUUAUGUAUUACAGAAUAAUACUAUUAUUUGUAUUAUUAUAAUAAGUAUUAAUUAUUAUAACCGACAUUGUUAUGUAUAACUACUUUUUUAUAUUUUAUCCCUUGUUUUUCCUGUCGAACGUGAGAAUUCGUUUCUUUUUUUUUGUGUAUUUUGUUCUUAUUUCAAAUGAUUCAUUCAACAUGUUCAUACAUACAUUAUUAUAAAAUAAUAAUAUUUAAAACAAAAUCCCCGAACGAAUCCGACGCGACCGAGCAGUGCUAUGACCCGAAUCAUUUUUUUAAUUGUGUACAAAAAAACAGCAAACAAUCAAAUAAUAUAUAAUUGUUGUUGUCUAUUUCUCUCUCUCUAUAUAUAUAUAUAUCUCUCUGUCUAUUUGUGAGCCUGUCCAACGCAUUUCAUAACAUUAUUUUGUAUUAUGAGUUUUGUUUGCGAGGUUAUCGGCUUAUACAGACCCAAUUAGAUACAAAAAACAAAUAUAUUUUUUUUUUGUUCAUAUUUUCAUUAUCACUAUUAUUAUUAUUAUAUAAUAUUAUCAUUAUUAUUAUAAUUAUGAUUAUUAUUUUUAUAACUAUUAUUAUUAUUAUUUUUAUUAU